AUGGCUCAGCAGUCGGCCACGCUCCAGUCCCACGUCACCCAGCUCGCCAGCUGCCUCGAGGAGCUGCAGCAGCAGCGGGCCAGCUUGGUGGCGACCGCCCGCGAGGAGGAGGCGGAGCGGGCACGUCUAGCCCAGGAUGCCGCCGUGCUGCAGCGCCGCCUGUGCCAGCUGGAGGCUUCGCUGGAGAAGCGGCAGGCGGCCAAGGAGGCAUUUGACCGAGUUAUUUUGCAGACGCAGGGGGCCCUGUCCAAGCUGGUGGAGUCCUCCCACAUGCUGCUGACGGUGACCAAGCGCAACGCAGCUGAGGUGGCGUCGCUGACGCCGCCGCGCGGCGCGGUGGCAGCCGCGCCGGCAGGCACGGCAGCAGUAGCCGCGGCGCUGGGAUGA